GCAACUCGAAUUCAGAUACUGAAGAUUACAAACAACGCCAACAGAAGGCCUAAAAACUAUACUAACACACGCAACUCGAAUUCAGAUACUGAAGAUUACAGCCAACCAUUACUGAUUGACAACCACACCCUUAGCAAGUAGAUCCGAUCGCCUCCGUAUCUCCGGCGAUCGUCAUGUACUCCGGAGACGAUCUCCGACUACCAUUUGAACUCAAUGACGAGUCCGAUUUCGAAAGAAUCAUCUCCCCCGACGGCCUCCUCACCAUCUGCGGCUUCGGUUCUCUCCUCUCCGAGCGCAGUGCGAGGAGUACAUUUCCGGAAUUGAUCAACUUCAGAGUCGCCAGAUUGAACGGCUUUCGUCGCAUCUUCGCUCAUGUGGCUCCGGUUUUUUUCGAUCGAGGCAUCGCCAAUCCUCAAACAAAGGAAAUGUCAAGUUUAAGCGUGGAGCCAUGUGAAGGUGAAACCCUUAUUGUUACUGUUUUUGGCAUUAAAAAAUCAGAGAUUCCUUCUUUUCUUCAGAGGGAGCACGAGUUUCGGUUUUUAGCUGUCCUACCUGAAACACUUGAUGGAAAGCUGUUUACAAGUCCAGCUGUGCUUUGUGCACGUUUUAGUGACGAGGAAUAUCUCCAAAUUAGAUGCAAAGGAAGUCAAGAAAUCUAUUUUCAGCGAUAUGGACAAUAUAACAUUCACAAGAUCUGGCGUGAUGAUAUCUUACCUUGCCGUCUUUAUCUUCGGCACUGUAUUUUGGCAGCAAAGAAUCUUGGUGAUGAAGCCUACAACAACUUUCUAGAUCACACUUUCCUUGGGGACAGGAAAACAACUAUCCGGGAGUACUUGGUGACAACAGGUUCAGGCAUAAUGGAAGAGGAGCCUCCGGAAUCAAUAAAGGCCAUUUACAGCGGUUGACAAUAACAAGUCCAUGGACCGUCUGUUUGGUAGCCUUGAAGGCUUGGUUUCUUUUUGGACUUGACAUUGCUCAAACCUGCAUUCAUGUUGGCUCAAGAACAGGCAAAAAAAUUAGGUGGGGAACUGGAAGAUCUGAAAGACCACCUUGCUGAUUAUUAUUAUUAUUUUGAUUGGCUCCGAGUGGGAGAGUACAUUUGGAAUAUUGUUAUUUGAAGCACUCUAAUUGUUUACCUAGAAGCAGAUGGGAAAGUGCUGCAAGUUCUUUGCUAGUUAUAUCAAAUAUUUUGAAUCC